AUGAGCCGGUGCGCAGAGGCGGCGGCGGUGGCGGCCACCGUGCCGGGCGCGGGCGUGGGGAAGGCGGGGCUGCGGCCGCUCAUGGUGCCCCGCCAGGCGUCCUUCUUCCCGCCGCCCGUGCCCAACCCCUUCGUGCAGCAGACGCGGAUGGGCACGGCGAGGCGCAUCCAGAUUUUCUUUCUUGGAAUUAUCUUGCUUCCAAUUCGCGCCUUGUUGGUUGGGUUAAUUUUAUUAUUGGCAUGGCCGUUUGCUGCAAUUUCAACAGCAUGCUGUCCUGAAAAGCAGACCCACCCAGUAACUGGUUGGAGGAGGACAGUUACCCAACCAGUUUUGAAGUUUCUGGGUCGUGCUUUGUUCUUUUCGAUGGGGUUUAUAGUUACUGUGAAAGGAAAGGUCGCAAAUGCUGUGGAAGCACCGAUUUUUGUGGUGGCCCCUCAUUCGACGUUCUUUGAUGGAAUCGCCUGUGUGGUAGCCGGGUUACCGUCUAUAGUAUCUCGAAAUGAGAACGCGCAGGCGCCUGUGGUUGGCAGACUGUUACGAGCUCUGCAACCAGUGCUGGUAUCCCGUGUCGAUCCAGAUUCUCGAAAAAACACAAUAAAUGAAAUAAUAAAGCGAGCAACAUCAGGAGGGGAGUGGCCCCAGAUGCUAGUUUUCCCAGAAGGUACUUGUACUAAUCGGUCCUGUCUGAUUACUUUUAAACCAGGAGCCUUCAUUCCAGGAGUUCCAGUUCAGCCGAUCCUCCUCAGAUACCCAAACAAGCUGGAUACUGUGACUUGGACAUGGCAAGGAUAUACAUUCAUUCAACUUUGUGUGCUUACUUUCUGCCAGCCCUUCACAAGGGUCGAAGUUGAGUUUCUGCCUGUUCAAGUACCAAAUGAUGAAGAAAAAAAUGAUCCUGUCGUUUUUGCCAAUAGAAUCCGGAAUUUAAUGGCAAAAGCUCUGGAGAUUCCAGUAACAGAUCACACCUAUGAAGACUGCAGACUGAUGAUUUCCGCAGGACAGCUCACGUUGCCCAUGGAAGCUGGGCUGGUGGAAUUUACCAAAAUUAGCCGGAAAUUGAAAUUAGAUUGGGACGGUAUCCGUAAGCAUCUGGAUGAAUAUGCAGCCAUUGCAAGUUCCUCAAAAGGAGGAAGAAUUGGAAUUGAAGAAUUUGCAGAAUAUUUAAAGUUGCCUGUAUCGGAUGUCUUGAGACAGCUUUUUGCACUCUUUGACAGGAACCAUGAUGGCAGUAUCGACUUCCGAGAGUAUGUGAUUGGCCUGGCUGUCUUGUGCAACCCUGCCAACACAGAGGAGAUCAUCCAAGUGGCAUUUAAGCUCUUUGACCUUGACGAGGAUGGCUACAUAACCGAGGAAGAGUUUUCCACCAUUCUGCAGGCUUCCCUUGGAGUGCCUGAUCUUGAUGUUUCUGGUCUCUUCAAGGAAAUAGCCCAGGGGGAUUCUGUGUCCUAUGAGGAAUUUAAAAGUUUUGCCCUAAAGCAUCCAGAAUAUGCUAAAAUAUUUACAACAUACUUAGACCUCCAGACAGGCCACGUGUUUUCAUUACCGAAAGAAAUCCAGGCAACUCCCUCACUCACAAGUAAUAAAGUCAGUCCUGAAAAUCACGAAGAGAGUACCUCAGACAAAAAAGAUGACUGAAAGCAAAUCUCCCCAACAGGGAAAAUGCGGUGGCUCUUACUUG